UUGCUGAGAGAGAGAGAUCCAAACAACAACAACAACCAAUCGAGUGAUGAGCCAGAGGUGCCCGUGAAAUCUGCGCGCGUGGGGGAGGAUGACACCAAUAUUCCCAUCCACGCAAAGUUUCCCAGCAUUUCAUCUCGACACUUUCUGCCCAUCUGUACGCCUGAAGUCCCGUCCAGAGAAUCAGACAGCUGCUGAUGCUGAUGCUGGAACAGGGACAGGGUUUCAGCAUCCUCCUCCUCCGUCGUUAGUCGAGUUCGGGCUCUCCACCGCACUGUCGGCACCAACGCUGGAGAAAACACAGCUUUACUGGUCAGCCAACUGGCUGUCUGCAAAUAAAUGGAAGGACCUAAACAAUGAGUCAUCUUUCAUCUGCUGUUUAACAGUUUUGUGAACGCCUAGCUGCUCCUCAAACAACUUUGGGACUUAUGGAGGCCUCUCCAAACUCGGACAACAUCAGCAACACCUCAGCUGGGUUGGGCCAGAGAACAUGGGCAGAGUCCAACGUCUGCCCUCCCUCUGUGAGUGGCACGACCCUUCUGAUUGUGGCCUACAGCACCGUUAUUGCGGUGGGAUUGGUGGGCAACACUUGUCUGGUCUUCAUCAUAUCCAGACAGAAGGAGAUGAGGAAUGUCACCAACAUCCUCAUCGCCAACCUCUCUUGCUCCGACAUCCUCAUGUGCGUGGUGUGCCUCCCCGUGACGGUCAUCUACACGCUCAUGGAUCGCUGGAUCCUGGGUGAGACGCUGUGCAAGGUCACGCCGUUCGUGCAGUGCAUGUCCAUCACGGUCUCCAUCUUCUCGCUGGUCCUCAUCGCAUUGGAGAGGCAUCAACUCAUCAUCCACCCCACCGGCUGGACGCCCGCUGCAGGCCAUUCCUACCUGGCCGUGGCGGUCACCUGGAUGGUGGCCUGCUUAAUUUCCCUACCCUUCCUGUCCUUUAACAUCCUCACUAACGCCCCGUUCCAGAACCUCAGCCUACCAUUCAACCCGUUCAGCGACCACUUGAUUUGCAUGGAGCUCUGGCCGUCCGAACGCAACCGUUUGGCGUAUACCACCUCGCUUCUGCUUUUCCAAUACUGCCUACCCCUGCUUCUCAUUCUACUCUGCUACUUGCGCAUAUUCCUGCGUUUACGCCGACGGAAAGACAUGGUGGAGCAAGCCACCGAGGCCCGGCAGAGGAAGGCGCGGGGCGCUCAGCGCGUCAACGCCAUGUUGGUUAUAAUCGUGGUCGCUUUUGCUCUCUGCUGGCUCCCGCUCAACGUCUUCAACACCAUCUUUGACUGGUACCACCAGGUGCUUCCUUCUUGCCAGCACGACGUCAUCUUCUCAGCCUGCCACCUCACGGCAAUGGCGUCUACCUGCGUGAACCCGGUGGUGUAUGGCUUCCUCAACACCAACUUCCAGAAGGAGCUGAAGGUGAUGCUUCAACGCUGCCAUUGCGGCUGGGGCGUUCCAGAGACCUACGAGAGCUUCCCACUUUCGACGGUGACCACUGAUGUCACCAAGGUGUCGUCCAUGCAGCGCGGCUCUCUGAUGAGAACGGAACAGUGUGCUCACUGCUAAAGAGACGGCAGGAACGGAGGGAAGAAUGAGGGGAGGGGUUGAGGAUGAGCUGGCACUGUUUCCAUGGAGACGUGGAAUCUCUAUGUGGGUUUCUGCAUCAGUUCAUACCCAAGAGAUCUAAAAACAACCUCAACCCACUGUUGCCGUGUUUUCCGGGGUCCAGGUCUGGAACAUGGUGUGAUUUUUUUUUUUGCUAAUGACAGCUAGGGUAGUCAGGGCGUCAUUCCUGUCUCCGUGUACGACUUGUACGGGAAAAAUAUUCCAUCAAGAAUGUGAUUAUUCCUCUGAUGACACUUUCAGGCUGUUAUGUUAGGAAAGGAAGGACUGAUUUAUGAGGCUUGAUUGUUUUAGCGUUCAUUGCACACCAGACAUUUCACAUCAAACAGCAAGUUGUUGUUAUAAUGAAAGUACUUUUCAUGUACAAUUCUUUCAGUUAUUCAUUAAAAUCACUGUAGCAGGGAAUCGGUGCCCUCACCAAAGUAUUUCUUCUGUUCAUGUCUGGUUUUGUUGUUGUUGUUUGUGUUGUUGUUUAAUGAAUUGUAGCUAUUACUAUUUAUUGUGUUGCUUUGGUGAGACAGCUUGUGCUGCAUUUUAACUUUGAAUUGUGCCUCUGUAAUAUUGCGAAACAUAUUGAGCAUUGGUGUUAGCUUAACAACACAUCCAUCUUCUGCUACAAUAGAGACAUGACUGUCCCAAUGCCAGUUUGGUAUUAAAUAUUUUCUUGAUGAUUGAAGUUCAGUUUCUAACAAAGGUGUUUGGUGUUGACGUUCUUGUUGCCUUAUUAAUGGUAGUUCUGAAAGCGCAAAUAAAUUUGGAAACAUGACAUCCAUGUAAUGCCAGUAACUGUUUUUCUUGUUCGUCUUCACUCUCUGUUCAGUGCUGUUGUUGGUAAUUACGUUGCAUGCUUUUCCGCUCAUUACUGAAGAUGAA